UUCCUCUUGACUCUGCAUCUAAAAGCGAAAUUACAUUAGACACUGACACUAUCUGCAUAUACCUUCCUCCUUCACCAGGAGGUUAUAUUUCUGACCACGAAGACGAUGCUAAACCAUUCUGUAAUACAAAUAAACCCCCAGGAGUAAAGGGUCACGUCGAUAUUAUCCCUGACGGACUUCUUGCAUCAUCACAUUUCAAAUCUGGAGAUGGAUUCGUUCAAUAUACUG